CUGGAGGAUCGCAUGUUAUUAAAACUGGCAGCCAAGGUGUCGCAUGUCCAAAACGACGCUGGACAUAGCCCUGUCCACACUAUGAGCCUUCGUGCCAAAGCACACCACAUUGCCUGGAGAGGCGUGCCGGAAGACGUCCCAGAAUGGGACGACGUAGCAAAUUCUAUGGAGCAAGCAUUACGCUUUCACCCGCUCCUACCGCGGGAGACCUGUCAACCGGCGAUCGCGAAUUUCAGAAAUCACACGGAGAGCAGGGUCCUGCUAGCAGAAACCACGCCAGCGCUGGGAACUCCAAGGACAAUGGUGCUAUAAGGCCGGUGGCAGGGCUUUACAAGGAGUAUCUUGAGUCUCGGGAACCCGCCGCCAACCACACUUUUCACGACAUCAAGGAUGGUAUUGUUUCGCUGAGACCUUUGUCUGUUACCUUUGGUGGAAUGAGGCACAACGACCCGCAGUUUAUGGGAGAAUACAUGGUCUCGGAAUACUUACCACGAUCCCUUGGCGAUGGUUAUCAACCUACGAAGCACUGGAAAAGCCCAUUGCGUGUCGGUGCUGGACAUCCCGCUCCCGAGCAAGACGCAAAGCCUGCUGCCACUUUUGUGGUCACCGACGUGUCCAACAAGUUGCGGUCGAGUCUUUUCGAAGACGUUGACCAACGUCUGAAGAUAUUGGCGGUGCAGGUGACAUUUCACCUGUCCGUCUAUCGUAGCGCUAUGUAG